CAUUUUACGCAAAUCUCAAAAGUUUGCGCAAAUCAUUCAAAUUUCUCAAAGUUGCGCACGGUAUGCGAAUGAGUUACAUUUUGCGCUCGUGCGCGCUUGAUGUUUUCUUGAUGAUUUCAGUAGAGGGUUUCAUUAAACAGCGUUGACAAAGAGAGACAUUCUUGUGUGGUCAGAGGGCAAUUCGUUGUCCGUAUGUAUAAACAUAGCUUAAUAACGAUAUCGUUUAGGAAAUCUAUCAACUCAAACAUGUCAUCGAGCUGGGUGGCCGGGGUGCGUCACACGCAGGGCGCGUUUUAUGCUGAUGAUCGCGCGUAUAUAACGAGAUAGCCGUUUCUCAAGUGCAUUGUGAAUGCCCGAGUUUCCGUGACAAGUGUACCUCUAGGAAAGGUAAAAACCGGAUUAAAUCUUGGUGUCUCGCGAAAAUUCAAAGUACACACAAUGUACAAUCUUACGCAAGCGUCGUACUGGGGCUACUACCCGGCAAACACAAACGUGGAUCACUGUCUUCGAAGCUCGAUGUAUCAUCCGUACUUAACAGCGCAAUUUGGGAAUACAUGCGCGAACCUUUCCACGCCGAUUUGCUUUGGAGAUGUUCAACCUUAUCCUAAACCACCAUAUUCCUACAUAGCGCUCAUUUCAAUGGCUAUAAAACAGGCUCCUGAACAAAAGAUCACGUUGAACGCAAUCUAUCAGUUUAUCAUGAAGAACUUUCCGUACUAUCGCUACAACAAGCGGGGUUGGCAGAACAGCAUCAGGCAUAACUUGUCCUUGAACGAAUGCUUUGUGAAAGUUCAGAGGGAUAAAGCUGAUCCUGGUAAGGGAUGCUAUUGGUCUUUGAAGUCCGAUUGUGAGAACAUGUUUGACAAUGGCAACUAUCGGCGUCGCAGGAGACGAGCAAACAAGGUGAAUACGACAGGCAAAGAUGAUAAACCUCUCUCUGAAGAGACCUCGGAGAAGGAUGAUUCUGAAAUAGACAUCGAUGGAGACUCGCAAAGCUGCGAGGAGAAAAGAGACGCGAUUGACGACGAGAAACGGCAAAACAGAACAACCAAAAAACUAUCGACCACUUUGCUUACCCCGCCAAGCAGUCCGAACAAGACCAAACAAAACGCACACAAGAAAAUAAACUCUGAACAUGCGUUUAGCAUCAGGAACUUACUAUCGCAACAGAAAAAGUCCGAAGCAAAGGCGCUUCAAAUCGAUGAAACCAAGAGGAAUGAGAUUGAACAGACUAAACAACUCGAGACUAUUCCCUCAGCGAUUUUCGGCUUAAAUAACGUUCUUGAACGGGCAGGUAAUCCGGUGCAGACUAAUCUUAGAAAUAAUCUCGACGCUGCUUCUGUAAAUCAAUUUUCACCUUCAGACUUUAUGAAAAACUUAUACAACGGAGGACUCUACGCUAGCCUUUAUUCUAGUAAUUGCCAAAGGUAUUAAUCUUGCACGAAGUACCGUCUUUGUAAUAUAAACAGUAUUUAUGUAAAUAUGUGAUCUCUAUAUGGCUCUGGUUUCUGUCCAGAUGAUGGACUGAUAUAUUUUUCAAAUCAAAAUAAAUAUGUUUU